CCAAAUUCCAGAAUCCCCAAAUCGAGAGGUUAAAGAAACUUCGAUUUUGAUCUUUCGAAGUGAUCGGCAAGAGGUGACGGUGGACGGUGACAGAACUGUCGGAGGUAGAGAUCAUCAACCACCGGUGACUACUACUGCAGCGGCGACAACAAAGAUGGCUAUCCCGAGGCUGAGUCUUCUUCCUAACAACGAGCACAAUUCUGAUAACUACGAAGAUCUGGAACUUGAAUUUAGCUCUUCCGUAUUAAGAUCCCUAGAGAGGUACUUACCGCCGGAAAUACUCACGGCGAAUAGAGAAGAGAAGGCCAAAUUCAUGUCAGACAUUUUGCACAAGUACAUUUCCCGCGAAGAAUGUGCCAAAGCUAUACGGUUCAAGAACUAUAGGGAGUGGAUAAUGUCCAAUUAUCAGCCACGUUUCAGGGAGUUGUAUAAACUUGAUCCCGAAUCGUUAUUGCUUCCGUGUUUCCGCAAGGCGGUCAGAGAAAACACCGAGGAAAGCUUCAGACGUAUAAUGUUUGAACCGUUUCCUGGUGUUUACGUCUUUAAAAUGUUUCAGCCUGACUUCUUUCAGAAAUUGCUUGUUGAGGUAGAGAAUAUGAGAAAGUGGCUUCAUGAGGCAAAAUUGAUGAUCAGGAAACCAAACAAUAAGAGUAAAUAUGGUGUUGUGCUUGACGACUUUGGCAUGGAUAUCAUGCUUAAGCCACUCGUGGAGGAUUUUAUCUUUCCUAUUUGCAAAGUAUUCUUCCCUCAAGUGUGUGGAACAAUGUUUGACACUCAACAUGGAUUCGUUAUUGAAAAUUGUGAAGAUAGGGAUGCUGAAUUAGGCUUUCAUGUGGAAAAUUCAGACAUUACAUUGAAUGUUUGUUUGAGUAAACAAAGUGAGGGAGGGGAAAUAUUAUUCACAGGCACACGAUGCAAUAAACAUUUGAAAGCAGGUCCAAAGCCAGAGGAAAUUUUUGAGUACUGUCAUGAACCGGGUCAAGCUAUACUUCACCUUGGCUGCCACAGCCAUGGUGCAAAAGCCGCCAUAACAUCUUGUAGUCGGGCCAAUAUGAUUCUUUGGUGCAUAAAGUAAGCAAUCAUGAAGCUUGCCUCAGGAUUUCAGAUCACAACUAAAACACCUUUUCUUCUGCAUUUCCAUUUGCAGCUCUUUGUUCAGAGAGAUGCAAACUUAUGACAACGAAUUCCGAGACUGGUGCGGUCAAUGCGCCCGUGAAAAGAAAGAAAAGAAAAGCCAGAGUCUUGCUUCCAAAAGAAAGGAGAUGAUUAGGAUAAUAGAGUGAAGCCGAAGCCCGCUGAAAAAAAUGAAGUCUAUGCUUUGAAUUUUGACUCUUUACUUGGAAAAUAACACUGAGUAUAUGUAGAAUCAUUUGAUGUAAAUAGGUCUUUGUGUCUUCGAAUUUCUUACAUUACUACUAUGUACAUGAAAGUUACCAGUUACAUGUUUAGGAUCGGCUAUAUGUUUACAGUUUACUCGCCGUAUCGAAGCAGUGUUCAGUGUCAGCUGAAAAAGAGUACAUAUAGCCGGUCCAUUCGGUUAGACUCAUGAAAACCGGUUUAGUAAUCAUAUGUUUACAGUGUCAGC